AUGUCGGCGGGGGAGAGGGUUUGUGACCUGAUACCCCUACUGGGAGCUACAUCCACAUUGGACCUUCCCAUAAAACAGCUGUUUAAGCUGCUGCACAAGUCAAUAGAGUUUUACCUGUGUUACGUGAUGAACAAGAACAAGGCUAUUCAGGAUUUACCGGUGUCAGAGGGAACUAUAGAUGACCCUUGGGGAAAUCUGUUCCGAGUGUUGGAGAUGGUCGGACGCAAACUGAACUGGGAAUUGAGUGACAUCUUCAAGUUACCAAUAAAGAAGGACAAGGUAUGGCAGAGAAUAGUUCAGUUCCACCGAAUGUAUGCAGAACAACCCAAACACGGCCAGCAGCUGCUGUACUGCACUCUGCUGCAGUUCCUCAGCUGUCUGCACGACUAUUGCUCAGCCCUUGACCCAAUGUCUGGUAGCAGCAUGGUGCUGGUGGAAGGGGUGGCGGGAGAGCCGCACGGUGAGCCCCCCGCCAAGAUGCGAAAGGUGGACACCACCGAGGACCCACUGAGUACAGAGUGGACCGUCGGCGAUCCCUCGCAGACCACCAUCAUCGAAAACUUCCAAUUCGCCUUCCAGUGCUGGCAACUGCUCUACAGCUCCGAAUAUUUAGAGAGAGAGUUCGCUAAGCUGAGCCCAAUGUUGGGGCUGGACCAGUGGAUAUCGGGUUUUCUGUGGGACGUGGCACUGUACCAAGGCCGGCACGAGGAAUGUCUCCGCAUGUUGACUGGGCAGGAACUGACGCGCAAGAUUCAUUUGAGGCUCGCUUCCACCAAUUUCUUCCUGGGUCACUAUCAGAAUAUGUUGGACAAUAUCCUUGGGGCUGUGUCGUGUUGGCCACCCCACUCCCAGGUCGGCUCCCUGUCCAUGGUUGCCCCCAGAGAGGGCAAGAGACGUCAUCUACACUUCCUGCCUCUCCGACGAUUCCCUACCCUGCAAUACUGCUGCAGACUGCUCAUCACUGCUCUCAAGAGCAAGAUGGUGCAUGUGACUAUGGAGUGUGACCUGGCUAUGGGUCACAUGCUGGUGCUGAUGCAGCUGGACUGGCCACACCACGAGAGUCUGCAGGCCGAAGUCACCGAGCGGAUACGGCAGCGUGGAAGCUUCACCUACGCUCUCUUCACCAAGUACAUUGUCCUGCCUGACAUAGUUGAUGAGUUCAUGCUCUUGUCUACAGAGAACUUGCCCCUUGACAUCCUCCCACCCUCGUCCAACCAAAUGCUCAACCAUCGUCGGAUGUCGACACGUGGUGUGGACAAGGGUGCAAAGGAAGACUUCAAGUUGGCAAUGAAGCGACAAGUGGCGCGCAGCUCGGAGCCCAUGGACAGUUUGAUCAUCACCUUCCUGACAGAGCAGAGAGACCUGAUCGGUCACAGCCUCACAUGAGGUCCAGCCGUUCGUAAACCUGGACCCUUACAAUACUCUGUGGCAUGUCGAGUUGAGUGCUCUCCAGAAGUCGUAGGUAACUGGCGAACACUACGUGUGUGGUGAGAGAUGUGGUUGUGAAUUGUUUUUGGGGCAGUGUUAUAUACCUCAACAUGGUUGAAGAACAGUUUGGCAUGUUGAGGUUACCAAAUCUUGUAAAUUGUAAGUAUACAGGUACCUCGUAUUGUAUUCCAAUUGUAUCGUAUUCUAUAACAAUUUUGUCAAUAAUCCCCUGUAUAUAUUUAAAAAUGUAUAUUUACAUGAAUCACUACCUAGUGUAUUUAAACCACUACUGUUAAAUAAAAUUUAGAAGUUUAUAAAUAUAUUUGUGGUUUAUUUAAUUAAAGAACUAAACAACUUA